AUGGGCACAGUGGUGUCUGUCCUGCUGUCCCUGCUACUCCUUCUGGGUCCUGCAGUCCCUCAGGAGACCCAAGCUGGGCCUUACUCUCUGAGCUGCUUCUACACCGGGCUGUCCAAGCCCAGGGACGGCUUCCCCAGCUUCCAGGCCACAGCCUACCUCAAUGACCAGGAUUUCUUUCACUAUGACAGUGAAGAUAGGAAAGCCAUACCCUGGUACCCCUGGAGCCAGAUGGAAGGAAUAGAGGACUGAGAGAACGAGAGUGAACUUCAGAAGGCCAGGGAGGACAUCUUCAUGGUGACCCUGAAGGACAUCAUGGACUAUUACAAGGAUACAGAAGGGGCUCACACCUUUCAGGGAAUGUUUGGCUGUGAGCUCUGGAAUAACAAAAGCAGUGGAGCAUUCUGGAGGUAUGCCUAUGAUGGAAGGAACUUCAUCGAGUUCAACAAAGAAAUCCCAGCCUGGGUCCCCGAGGACCCAGCAGCUCUGAACACCAAGCAGAAGUGGGAGGCAGAAAAGGUCUACGUGCUGCAGGCCAAGGCCUAUCUGGAGGAGGAGUGCCCGGCAAUGCUGCGGAGGUACCUACAGUACGGCAAGACCUACCUGGACCGACAAGAUCCCCCCUCCGUGUCCAUCACCAGCCACCGGACCCCAGGAGAAACUCAGACACUCAAGUGCCGAGCCGAUGGCUUCUACCCACGAGAAAUUGAGCUGCACUGGAUUCAGGGGGACGAUACACAGGAGGCUGAGUCGGGGGGAGACGUUGUUCCCAGCGGAAACAGCACUUACCAGUCCUGGGUGGUGAUGUCAGUUUCCCCGCAGGACAGAGCCUCCAGCUCCUACUCCUGCCGCGUGAAGCACAGCAGCCUGGCCCAGCCCCUCACUGUGCUGUGGGCGGGAGCGAGGGCUGAAGGCUCGGAGGGCACCCGGGCGCAGUAG